CUUCUCCGUAAUUAGAACUUUAGGGUAUAGCUACUGAAAAUUUUGCAAUUCAUCCGUUGUUUUGGUGAAAAAUUUCGACCAGCCUCCAUUUCGAUUCAGUGGAUCACUUACCCUUCUGAUUUUCCCAACUCCUCCUCGAAUUCGUGCAACGAUGCAGCAGGCCGGAUCAUCCGGGUCAGAGGCUGAGGUGACGUGGGAAGAUCAGCAGAAUAUCAAUAAAUUUGGCAGAUUGAACAAUCGGCUUCACGAAUUAGACGAUGAAAUCAAGAUGGCCAAGGAAAAAAAUGAAAGUCUUGAGGAUGCAAGCAAUGAGUUGAUUCUUACCGAUGAAGAUGUUGUGCGCUUCCAAAUUGGUGAGGUCUUUGCUCAUGUGCCCAAAGAAGAAGUGGAGAGCAGGAUUGAAGAGAUGAAAGAGGUAACAAGCAAGAAUGUGGAGAAACUAGAGGAGGAGAAGGAAUUAAUACUCGCACAGAUGGCGGAGCUGAAGAAGAUUUUGUAUGGAAAAUUUAAGGAUUCUAUCAAUCUUGAGGAGGAUUAGAUAUUUUGUUGUGUUCAGCUAAGUUUUGUUGUUACGAUUGGUUACUCGGUUUGCUUCAGUAAGUACUCAUCUCUUAAAAUUGUGACUAUCAGUUGUCUUUCAUCCACUUUUCUUCUAAUCCUCUAAUUUGAACUUUGACGUA